AUGUGGACUUGGACUCGAGCUUGCGAAGGCGUUUACACCAGGGAAUUGGGCUACAACGAAUGGUCUUUCUACUACGACUCCCAUAUCAACGGGACAGCGGACACCCUCUCCCAAUUUAUGGUGACAACCUCGCAGACUGAGAAGCAUCGCUUUGCGCCCGAGUCGAUCUCCGGGGCAUGGUGCCAUCUGAAGCGCCGGUUUCCUCUGCUCGCUGCAACCGUCUCCUGUCCCACAGCCGAGGGCCCGCCCCAGUUCCGUGUAGCAUCCAGCCGGCUCGACACGGUCAUUCCGAAUGAGAUCACAUUCGGAGAAGUUGCGUCUGCGGAGGCAGCGAAGGAUCUGGGCUACGAAAUUAUCAACGGCCCUCGUGUCCUCUCGGACGAUCUGCUGGGCCGACUGAUCGUGAUUUCGCAGUCAGGAGAACCCACGACCUUUCAUCUCUAUCUUCACGUGGCUCAUUUGAUCACGGACGGUGCGACCAACGCAAGACUUCCAGCCGCACUCCUGGAGUUGAUGUCCGGUGACUUGAAGUACAGUGACUUUCAUUUGGAGGCCACCUUGGCGAUGGCACUCCCCGCCGACGCGCUGGUCCCCGGUCUCAAGUUCAGUCUUGCCAAACAGCGCUGGCGGAAUGCUGCCGGCAGAGUCAUUUCUGCAAUCAGAGAGAGCAAACGAAAGGCAAGAACGCAAGAACGCGCCCAUUUCCAAUUGCUGAAGCUGUUUGCAGGGCGGUCAGACUCUACCGAGACUGUACGGUCCUAUCGCAACACGACUUCCAGCACGUUCAGGUAUGGGCAGCAAGAUCUUUGGUACGAAUCUCCAGCCCUCAGCCUAUUUCCAGGUCUUCUUGAGCUGUCAUUCUCUGCCGAUGCCUCUGUUGGCUUCCUUGAGACGCUGAAAGAACAGAAUGUCACACUGGGAAAUGCACUAGUGGUCCUCGGUCAGGUGGCCCUUGCUCGCCUACUUUCUCGUCGCUAUGCUCGGUCUGAGAUGUCCCCGGAGGAAUGGUCCUUUAGGCGCACACAAGCGACGUACACCGGUGGACCAUUGAACCUGCGAGCAUUCCUGGACUCGAACUGGGGCCGAAACGGGGGAGUAAAUGUCGGAGGAGUCUACGUCGGUUACUUCUUCCUUGCGUCGCCCUUCAUCCCGAUCGGCAGCGGCGCCUCAGCAGUACCGACACUCUCUUCGUUGAUGUCCAAAGCCCAGUUCACGCAUCGCUGCAGAGAGUUGAAAGUGCAAGCACAAAGAUACUUCAAGCAUCCGCUUUUCCUGGAGAUUGGAGCAGCGCGUUUCCCUGCGAGAGUGACCGCAAUGAAGGAGUGGGCGGAGCAGUGGACUCGCGAUCCGAAAAAAUACGUCGACGAUGCUGAACAGCAGAUGGAGCGAUGGAAUUCGCUUUCAGCAGAAGGACAAGCGCAACAUCAGGGCAGUGUUUUCAGCUUCGCGUGGUCCACAUUUGCCUCCCGAGACGCGCCGUCCAACUUCCCUCUCGGCGCAGAGACACCGCGCUUGCAGCUGAAAGAGAGCAUGAGCCGCCUGCAUUGUCGGACAGGAGAGCUCUAUCUGAGUGCCGGGGUCGUUCGAGACUGCUUCCGACUGGUUCUCUUCUACGACGAGAACGUGUUCAUGGAGGAAACGACGCGUGAGUGGAUAAACGAGAUCUCGGAGGCGAUGCACUUUUAUUUGGGCAAAGACAACAAAAGCAAGCUGUAGAACUUAUUGGGUACCUGCUAGCCACAUGCCUCCGCAGAUACAGUGUUUGCUCCAAACGUGUUCCCACGCUUUCCAGGCAUCGGAUGCGUGCUGGGCGGUGCUACGAGCUGCUUCGGAGCGCCCACCGCAUCGAACGCACGUCAGCCCGCGGGUCCGAGCGCCAGGUAAGGCAGUUUUGGUGACAAUGUCUCUGACUCGUUCCUUGCGGACAUCCCCUCCAUCCUCCAUCAGUUCAUGUCGCUGAACAAACAGUCGGGUUUUGUCCACGAUCGUCUGCGAGGCCAAUUUGUGUGCGGCCAUUUGAAGAUGCGAAUGCAUCGAGGGGGUCGCCUCGCAGAAGGCCAGACACCGGAGCGAUUCGUCGUCUGGAACAGUCGACUGCGUUUCAGCAAGCAACUCCUUGACAAGCACCUCCAAUUUGGACACAUCUACACCAGAGCACACUAGCACGUCGUUCAGAACGUUCUGAGCCAUUUGAGAAUUUUCGUCCACGGCACGCAGCGAGGUGAUUUUGGUCUUGAAUUGGAUGACAUCCGAAAGCACAGUGUGCAAGCAAGCCAGGGUGUAGGCAUGCCCGAGGUACCAGGGAACAGCGGGGCUCUCGGCAGCAGCCACAGCAAGCACACAGUCUUUCAAAAGCUGCUCGACGAAGCUUACGACCCACGCAGAAAGACUGACCAGCUGCCAUACAGCAUCUGUCAAUACAGGUUAGUUCUGCGCGGGUCACCGGAGUAACAUCCUAACCAAGAUCAAAGGCACCAUCCACUCGACAAUCCUCGAAAGCUGUCUUGCACGAGGCAAGGGAACACACAUCAAGCGCUGUGUGCCAGCGGAUGCCCAAUCGCUCGCUCUCAGACACGUUAUGGAUGGCGCGAGAUCUGUGAGCUUCAGUUCAGCCGAUGCCCAUCCGUGAAUGGUGGUUAGAUACCUGUACGUCUCCAGGACCAGCCCCAACCCACGGCGGAUCAGGGUUCCCUUGUCUUGGCCGUUAUUGACCAUCUUGAAAGCAGCAUGCAGCGUCUGACCAACAACUUCUAGCGUAAUCGACGAUCGAACGAGGAGAUGGGUGAUGUCUGCAGCGGAACUGCCUGAAAGAAGACAGGUGGCAAUUCUCGCUGUCAGGUCUAUCAUCGAGGAAACAUCGGAUUUAUGUCGAGGGAUUGACUGCAAGGAAAGGCGGGUCGUCGAAGUGCAGAGUAGCGUCGUGUUGUUGGGAGACAGAACCCCGUGGGUGGGUACUGCGAAGAGACUGAGCGACCAAUCCCAACCCGAAGCAGCAAGCCUGCUUACACUCUUGCCCGGCUGACUCGAGAGGAACGACCACUUGACUGGGAGCCCAGCUCUCGUGCUCUGCCAGUUCUGGUCUGCAUGAAGGUUAAUUAAAGAACCAUUCGGCGAAGAGAGGACUUCGUACAAGCUCAACAGAUGCGUCGAUCCUGUCACGAUGCUUCUGUGCUGCGAUUUAUUAACAGGAAUCGGUCCUGACACUUUCAAGAGCCCUGCGAGCAGCCCGGAUCCUUGUCCCGUGGGUCCACCCGGAUUGGGGACGAUUCUGUCUACCCUCAGUAUGACAGAACUUAAAAGGGACCCUCGUUUCAAGCUCACCCAGUUGCGACUUUCGUCGGCGGAUGAACGGGCGAGAGAAUGGAUAAACAGUUCUGAUUUCGGAGCAGCUGCGUCUUGGAGGUGUCCAUAGCUACUCGCAAGAUACAGCUUGCUAUCAUCCAUAGGCGGGAGGGGAGUCGUUGAAACCGAGAUAACUGUUCAAUGCAUAUGCCACAAUGUAAAAACGGAACAAAGACGCGAGCGCACGAAAACUAGUAGCUUCAAUUUUGACCUCACAGAGUUCAAUGGCCGAAGCUUCGCCCCAAUUUUGCCAUUCCAGAGGAGAUUCAUACUCUGACGGGGUCAGAUCUAAAUUCAUUGGAAGUUGAAGAGGGUUGGCAGUUCGGUCACCGACGGAUGCUGAGGGCAGUACACGAGAACGAUAGGCCACCAAGAUCGAGGAUUCUAAGACCAAAUUGACGCAGUAGUGGGAGCCGAAACGGAUCGCACUUGCCGUUAUAGGCCAUGCCUAUCGAAGCACCCACACAUGUCUUGACAACACUGGUCUUGAAGGAGGGGGUUUCAGUUGAAUUAGGCCGAUCUUCAAUUGCAACUGCCGGUUGAUUGAGCGUGCAAGUGAGCAUUUUCCAUUCACGGAUGUAUGAGCGCAAAUAGCACACGGUCACUUCGAAAGACUCGGUGACCAGUACGAGAGCUGCUUCAGCCAAGGGCGUGUGCGGUCCACGAAGAGGAAGUCUUCUCGGUACGCCUGACUCAUCACACGACCACUGCGAAGGAUUGUCAAAGGAUUGUGAUAGAACACUCGGACAAAGCGCACCUUGCGUGAACCACCCAGCCAGCCAGCAGCGACGAUCCCGGCACCAGGACGAAGUGCCCAACAUUGCUUAACAUUCCAAUCGUCAAGAGGCGCAGAACGCUGCCAUAAGCACGAGAUUCCGUCACUUUCGCCGACCGACGGGAAAUAAGCGUAAAGCCAGUCUCCUGCAGGGGAAUCCGCUAUGACACGGGGUGGCUCGAAUGACGCCGGAGACGAGACGACGGGUGGAGGAGAGGGGAGAGAAAACUGCUUGGAAGAUGAGGAAUGACGCGCAUUUACUAUGGGUUGUGUUGGAUGAGCGGAGAAGAUUGUAGAAGUGGCUGUCCACACUACAGGU